AUGGCUUAUCCACAGCUCGGAUACUCCUACUCCACCCCUCAGUUUCUGAUGACUUCCGGCUCCCUUGCAAGUUGUCUGGACCCGGGCGGAAGGUCCUUGGUGGAGGCCAUCACGCCUCCCUCGCACCCCACCCUCAGCUGUCCGGUAUAUGAAAGCACUGUGCUGCGUUCCCCGAGGCACCAACUACCUGCCGUCUCCGGCAUGGGGCUCUGCACCGGCCCCUACGCAAAGAGUCAAGGUCACUACACCACCUGCUCCGCAGACGCCACCGGUCUCUACUCCCGGGGCCAACUAGACCCCAAAGACGGAUCUGUGACGAUGGGGGCGACCCAAACUCCCUCGUAUUACCCCUACGAAUACGCAUUUGGACGGCGUUCCUACGACAGAUACGUGUACCCGAGCUCCGAUGGCGCGUCCAGACGCAAAAACGCCACGCGGGAGACCACCAGCACCCUGAAGGCCUGGCUGCAGGAGCACCAGAAGAACCCCUACCCCACCAAAGGAGAGAAGAUCAUGCUGGCCAUCAUCACUCGAAUGACACUCACACAGGUGUCCACAUGGUUUGCUAAUGCACGCAGGAGGCUGAAGAAGGAGAACAAAGUGACCUGGUCCCCGCGCACGAGCAAGAGCUCUGAUGACAGAGGCUGUGACGAUGACAGCGACGGUGGCGAGGAGUCAAUCAAAAGUGGGAAAGGACAGCCGGACCAAGGGUGUGCAGAUCUGCAGAGCGACCUCGACGACUUCGACCUGCUGGAGUCGGACAGCUCCGACUGCGAGCCCAAGCCACAGUUUCUAACGGAGAACACCACAACCAACCCCGCAGCGGACUUCUCUCACGAGAACCUCUCAUGUGACCCGGAAACGCUACACGGGACAGACAGGCUGUCCCCGGGCUGCCCCUCGCUCACGCCCGUCCAGCACCACAACAACGCCUUCUACCCCGGACCGGGCACCCGGGACGCGGAGGCCAAGCCUAAAAUCUGGUCCAUUGCGCACACCGCUGUUUCUUUCAACCCCGGCCUGCAGCCGGAAUACGCCCCGUGCAUGCUCUCCUCAAGCGGCUCCCCGUCUCCCGGGUACCCGUCUAACGCGCGGCUGACCGCGGCCGACAGGCAGCAGGACUCGCCGGUGGCCACGCUCAGGGAGUGGGUCGACGGCGUUUUCCACGACCCCUCUUUCCAGCGCAGGCCGCUGACCCAGCCGCUGCCGAGACCAGUCGCGCCGUGGAAAGGUCCGAACGGCGACGCCAUGGAGAGCAGGACACCGGCACAUGCCUUUGGACAUAUUGGGCCUACAUCUUCGUUACUGUCGCCAUGA